GAGAGUGGGUGUGUGCAGCGCUCAGCCGCUCCUCUCAAUCUGUACCCAAUUUCGAUAUUUACAUGAGAAGUGUUCGAGCAUCUGGAUCUCCGGCGAUACUGGUGCUGACCGCUGACCAGGCAGACCUUGUACCGCCCCCCUGCAUGCAUCACGCCUCUAGAGGAGUAGCAGCAAGGAAAGUCUGAGUGAUAGAAAUAGUGAAAAAAUAGGACAGAAAGAAAAAUUAACCUUGUGAAAGAGUGCUACGCUUCUGAAAGUGUUAUUUCGUGACGGGGGUGGGGUGAGGACUUGCAGCGAGUGUGAAAAAAAGGCUAAUUGUUGAAACUAUAAUUGUGACACGUCUGUAAUGAAGGCGAGGUGGCGAAGCCGUCGUUGACAGUAGUGACGGGCAGCUGUGGGUCAACAUCUGUACCCCGGACCGAGCACACCUCGGGGCGGUGGUGGCCGGUGACGCAAGGAAGGCGUGACACGAUCCUUGCCGCUGUGCCGUACUGUGCAGGCGUUACGGCUCCCCGCGGGUGUGACGCGCCGAGGUGAUGUGACUUGCCGUUCAAAAAGACGUGUUAUAGAAUACAGCACGCGGUAUGCUCUGUGCUAACGUGUAUGUUGUAUGUACCGUCAAUUAGGUCGUAUUCCUACACCGCUGCCCCUGCGAGGUUUAACAUGUCUGUGCGGAGGUUACGGAGCCGAUCGGAGGUUAUGGUUUUGUGUUUCUGGUAGUGUCUUGCGGAUUUUUUUCUCUCACUUUCGUGUUGGUACUUGUGUUCCGUCUUGGUGCCACAGUGUUCAGGUUGGCGCUACAGAUUCGUGCAGGUGUUACGGAGCCGCGCACACGUUACCUGUGCUGGCUGGUGUUACUAGUCCGUCCAGGUGAAGUACCUCCUAGUGGUGUUGCCGGCCCGUGUAGGUGUUAGGUGUAGGUGUGCAGGUGUUACUGGCCCGUGUAGGUGUUAGUGACUGGCUCAGGUGUUACCUGUCCGUGUUGGUGCCAGUGAUUGGUAUUGGUUUCCUUCUCCCGUGUAGGUGUUGGUGUUAACAGUCUGUGUUGUGGUAGUGAGCCUGUUAUAACAGUGUAAGUAGGUGUUGCGGGGCCAGCCAGAAGGAAGUGGUUACAUAUCCUCGCAGGUGUUUCAGGUUCAUGCAAAUGUUAAAGGCGCUUCCUAGCAUCUAUGGACCAUGCAAAUUUCACAUAGAAUUGAUAGAGGUGUUUCAGGUCCCUGCAGGUGUUGAGUGUUCAAGCAAGGGUUGUGCACUUGGACAAGUACUGGUGAUUUUUCGGAAUAGUCCUUGUAGAUUUUGGUGUUUUGUGUGCAGGGUUGUGCAGGUCUGAGCUGGUGCUUAUUUGAAUCCCAUGAGUGAGUUACAUGUCGUGCAGUGUUGAGGCUUAAUCUAGCGUUAAUAGUUCAAGAAUUAUAUUGAUGCUUAUUGUUUUAAUGAUAGAGUGUGUUGUUUGGAUAAUAUUUGAAAAAAAAUACGUACCAAUGCCUUGGCAUGUGUUACAGGCAGCAGCAAAAGGUGCUUCCUAGAUCAACAUGGUGGUGUCCUAGUGAAGAGAUCAGCAGGUGCCAGAACUAGUGACUAGCCCGGGGGGCAGCCUUCCCUGAGGCAGCCUGACUCUUCGUUUAUUUUUAGAUCUUAAAUAUUGGGGCAGUCCGCUUUCCAUGGUGGCGGCAGUUUUGAAGUGGUGUAGCCGAGUGACUAUUUACUAACAAGAUAAAACAUGGUGGACAUUAUCCCAUGGUGAUCCGGAGCCCCGGCACUCACACGGAACUUAUCAGCAUUCCGUGGCCCUUCACGGGGCUGGUGCCUGGGAGGUGGCCCCGUCGGCGGUGUGUGGGCAGUGGUGGCCGCGGGUCGGUGGCCGGCGCGGGGCUGGAACGUCAGGUCACCGGGACACAGCAAGACAUACAUGUAUGACUGGAAGGCGCGCUGCACUUCUCUCCCCGGGGGUACUGAGGGUGACUCCCCGGGGCGCCAGCUCUCAGUCCCGGAUAAGACCCUGGGGCGGCAGGCGGCCAGUCGUCGCAGGCGUGACAGGACAUUGCCUUCUCCUCCAGCUGCUGUUUCACGCCGCCGCAAACGCCAAAACAACGUCCCACCUGGCUCCCGCCGAGGCUCUCCGCCACGCAUCGCUUGGAGCUCCUUCAUCCAUCCCAUUCUUCUUCACGCGGGAAGAACCCAGACAGGAAGCUUCCUUGCCAGCGCUGGAACCUCCUGCCGCGCCGCCCCGCCGGCCUUUCCUUGGCCCCCAGGCAGCUUCUGCAGCGGCUGCAACAAGACGCUAUCACAGAGAACACCUGGGCUGGCCCGCCGAGGACCUGAGUAAUGUGUCACUGUGGGGGGGAAUGAGUUAUCGGGGCCGCCAUCCCACUUCCAACAAAGGCGAGGAAAAUCAGCAAGAACACGUCGGAAAUUUUAGCUCGGGCAGCAAUAGAACAGAGAGUACUGUUCCACUCAGGGCUCGGCCAUUAGAGUGGAGGAGAGCAACGCCAGGCUCUGUGCGUAUCGGGGGAAGCCUGAGAUCCGGUGCCCUACCAGGAACGACAGGAGGAUCAACGCAUGAAAAUCGUAAGCGUGGACUCAGGAGGCGCUGGGACUCACCGGGUGGCCAAAGAGGCAAGAUAAAGGCCAAUCUUGUCUCUAGUGAAGCCGCCUGGGAGGUGCGCUCCAUACAGACUGCCCCCUUACUCCCCCUCUGGCUCCCCCAAAGUCCGUCUUUCUCCAACAAGAAGAAAAUGGAAUCAGAACAUUUUUGUGUGGAGAGUCACCUGGGAUCUCUCUCCUCCCUGACCCCUAACACGGCGGGGGGAGACGCUCGGCCCCACUGGGAGGCGCACGGGCCCCAGGCAACUCAAACUCCCGCGUCAGAUAUUGAACUAAUGUCGUCUGAAGAGUCUGCUGAGGAUUUGAGGAGGCUGGAGGAGGAGAACAGCGGCGGGGAAGAGUGGGAAGAAGAGGAUGAGCUUCCUCUUGUACCGUCUCAAGAUUACUACAAGAGCCCCCAAGGCGUUCUUCGUCGCUGGAAACGUAAAACCGAAGUGCAGGAGGUGCGGGUGGUGGAGGGCGGCCUGGCGGUGCUCCCCUGCAGCCUCGCCGUCGACGACCCCCGGGACUCGGUGCAGCUCAUUCUGUGGAUCAAAGAGGGAGUCCACACGCCCCUCUACAGCUACGACUAUCGGGAGUUGCUCGGCGGACGACCCAAGGAGACAAAGCCCGACGCCAACACGACCCUAGCGAGGAGGACGUCGUUCCGCACGGACACCACGCCGGCGGCCCUCUUGGUGGAGCGGGUGGAGGCGGAGGAUGCCGGAGUGUACCGCUGCCGAGUGGAUCACCUGCUGUCCCCAACCACCAACACUCGUACCAACCUGACUGUCAUAGUCCCUCCUAGCCGGGCGCGCGUGAGCUGGAGCCUCGGGAACUCUGGACUCAUGCCCGUCGACACGCCCACAGUCGGCCCAUUCCAGGAGGGCGCCGCACCCACCCUAGUCUGCACCAACGACGACGGCUGGCCCCCUCCGGCUGUCAUCUGGUACGAGGGACAGAAGUUGCUUGAUGAUUCCUACGAGGCGGACACCGACCUUCCCUCAGCAGGCGCCGUCGAGAAUGAGCUGACCCUGGAACCGCUGACCCGCGCUGACCUGGGCCGACGCCUCACCUGCACGGCUUCCAACACCAACACCACCCAGCCCGCCACCACCACCGUCACCCUCGACCUGACUCUCAGCAUCGUGGGCGUGAAGGUGGAGGAGGUUAAGUCAGCGUGGGCGGGAGAGGAGACGGAGGUGGAGUGCAAAGUGUGGGGCUCGCGACCGCCGCCCUCCGUCGUGUGGUGGCUCGGUUCGACCAUGCUGGCCCCCUCACACGCCAAGGCACAGGAGGAAGGCAACGUAACGGUGUCGGUGCUCAAGUUCACGCCCAAGGCCGAGGACGACGGCGCGAUGCUGAUUUGCCAGGCGACCAACGAGAAGCUUCCAGACCAAGCCGUCCAGGACUCCCGCCUGCUCUCCAUCAACUACGCGCCCCAGGUGGAGGUGAGCCUGGGUCGCAAUCUAGACCCCGGGAGGAUCAAGGAGGGCGACGACGUGUACUUCGAGUGUUCGGUCAAGGCCAAGCCCACCAUCUCGCGGGUGGCGUGGCGGCACAAUGGCGUGGAACUGGUGGCUGGCGCGGGCGUGUUCGUGUCCAACAUGUCCCUGGUGGUGCAGCGCGUGACCCGGGCCCGCGGCGGCGACUACACUUGCGAGGCCACCAACGCGCGGGCCACCUCCUCCUCGCCGCCCCUCCACCUCGAUGUCAAGUACGCUCCUGUGUGUGGUCGUCAGGAGAGGACGCAGCACUCGGUCGCCAAGCUGGAGAACGCCGAAGUGUCCUGCAGGGUAGACGCCAACCCGCCCAAGGUCACUUUUCGUUGGACCUUCAACAACACCGCGGAGGCAAUAGAUGUGCCGGACGGACGCUUCGUGGUGGUGGGCACGGAGUCGCGGGUGAACUAUACACCCAUGAACGAGCUGGACUACGGGACGCUGCUGUGCUGGGCCAACAACACCAUCGGCGUGCAGGCCCGACCCUGUGUCUUCCAUAUCGUGGCCGCAGGCAAGCCGGACCCUCCUCACAACUGCCGAGUGUUUGACGUCACCAUCAGCUCCCUCCAGGUGACGUGCCUCCCCGGGGAUGACGGGGGACUCAGCCAAGAGUUUCUCCUUCAGGUAUUCGAAGUUGGCUCAAUAACUCCUGUAGUGGAGGUGACCCGGCCAUCGCCUUCCUUCAGUGUUACCAACCUCCGCCCCGCCACGGCCUACAAGGUGACGGUGACGGCCGUGAACCACAAGGGCGCCUCGCGAGCCACCCAGCUCAAGGCAUACACCAGCCGGGUCCUCGAGAUGCAGGAGGAGACCAGCGCUGAGCCGGCCCGAGACCGCGAGCGGGGACCUGGAGUGCCGGUGGUGGUGGGCGUUGGAGCAGGCUUGGCAACAGUGCCUCUGGUGGUUGCAGUGGGCGUGUUGGUGUGGAUGAAGCUUUGCCGCAGGAUUCCGACUCCGCCGCCUUCCCCCCGAAGACACAGCACCCUUAGUAAAGACGCCGCCUCCACCGCCCUGCCGUCAGAAGGGUCUCCACACCGCGACCCCGACCUGCUUUCACAUACCACAGGUAUCCUCCCGGCAGAUCCCGGUAAUAGCCCUGACCACUGUGCUCACAUAGCCACCAUCUCCACCUCCUCAUCGUUCUUCCUCCACAACGGCGGGACUCCCUACCCCUCCUCCGCCCACCACACCGGAGCAGCUCCCGCGGCUGGUGCUUCAGAGUACACCCAGCUACUGUGCCCAGAGUCCAGCCACGCUCACGCCCACGCUCACGCCCUCGGGCAGCCGCCUGUUGCCACCACUGUGCCUUACUUCACUGACGCCCCGCAGGCACAGGCGGUGGAGGUGGGGGCGGCAGCUGCGUAUCCCCCAAGCUGCAGUCGAGCGGAGAUAGAGGGGCAGGCCACGCUGGAGAGGCGGCGGCAGUGUCAUCACGACGCCACCGACCCUGCACUCCACUCCGCUUUUCCACACUUGUAUCAGGCUGCGAGUGGCCGCUCAUGCCCCACUCCACACGGCUCCCAGUACUGCCUGACACAGUGUCCGGCACCGCUCGCUGUAAGCUCACCUUCACAUAGCCAACAGGGAACGCUGCGGCGAGAUGCUCAUAAAGUAAGAUCCGGUCCCAGUUCGCAUAUGUGCCAGAUGCACGAGUCCCCGUCUCCGAGAGAGUCCUACUCCGGGCAGGUGGAAGCCGCUCACAGAGGAUGUCGGCGAAAAGACGUCGGGGGCAGCGAGGGAGGUGAUCAGGAGGAGUCGCUUACCCCCAACACAGCUAGAAAAAAUAAACGAGAAAGCGCAGUUUGAGAACGAUAUUGUACCGAGAACUUGAGUCCCUAGAGCUGAUUUCACUCAUCAAGGGAACAAACCCUAAACGUCCCGUGCUAAAGGAUGUUAAGCGCGUCAACUCAACACUUUACGAACUCAAUUUAUCCCGGACCUUACCCGCGGAGGAAUGCCGCGGCUCGUGCUCAUUGUAACGGGUCACUACAACGGCAAAUCAACGACACUCGAGACUCAGUUUUGUACCGUGCAUAGAUUUUAUUCAGUUAAACCUUAAAGAGAGAGCAAGCGAGAGAGAGAGAGAGAGAGAGAGAGAGAGAGCAUGAAUAAUGAAAAACGUGCAAUCAUAAAUCGACAAUUUGAUGGUAGAUAUAUCAUUUGCCAUGACCAUCAAUGACGUGAUUACAAAUGGAACGUUAGAAGUGAAUUAUACAUGUGUGUGUGUGGGAGAGAGAGAGAGAGAGAGAGAGAGAGAGAGAGAGAGAGAGAGAGAGAGAGAGAGAGAGAGAGAGAGUGCAUGUGCGUGUGCGUGUCCGUGUGUGUGUGUGUGUGUGUGUGUGCAGAACGAGCUGGGUACAACAAGAUAGGUAGAUAUGGAGCUAACACCGGGACUUCUAGCAUUAUUUACUCGGUGGUGAUAGCGUGUGCGUGAAGGCGAGUGUACAAGUUUACCUGCGACGCGUCCCGGCCACGUGUGUUGUGUCGUUCAUCAUAGUGAUCUGUGAUACUACGUUAGGGAAGCUCUGACACCGGACGGAUGGAGGCGAUAAUGUGACCUGCUCAAAAUACAUACCUACUAGUAGCUUUUGGAAAUGACAGUGAAAAUGAUAAUAGUGUUGCCCCCCCAAUCUCAGAGUCACAGAAAGCACGGAUUUGAUCUAAUUUCGAAAUGUUUUAGUUCCCAGAAUGAAAUAAGAAAAAAUUUAACCAGCCCCUAUUAUUUUGUCAAAGAAGUUUCCACGUACUGAGUCUUUUGUUUGUUUGUUUAUUUGUUUAUGCAGUGACUAGCGAAAAGAAAAAAAAAGUUGUUGUUUCCAUUCCUCUUUGCAACGCCAGUGACGAGUCGUGAAAAUAGAGCCACUCGAGCAGAAACAUCGCAGUGCGCAGUGAUGUUGAAAGAUACGGAAAACAAUAAAAGAAAAACAGAACCCAGGAGCGGCGGACAGAACCAGACGUCUUGGACCACGCAGAACACCCUUGAUCUUGUUAACUUGAUGCGUGUAUAAUUGUUUUUGUACUGUGUGUGUGUGUGUGCGCGCGCGUGUGUGUGUGUGCGCGCGCGUGUGUGUGUGGGUGGGUGUGGGUGUGUUUAGUUCCUGAUAAUUUGUCAACUUGAAAGGAAGUAAGUGUAUGCCCCAGACCCCCCCAUCCCCCUUUCGUCCCUGUAACGCACCAAGGACAUAAAUUUGCUGCAAGCCACAGUGGGGCCUGGCAAAGAAAAUAUUGACCUCAUGCAGCAGUUCUGAUUUUACACGUAGGAGGAGGAGAUUGUGUUCGCACCGUGGAAAAAAGAAAAGUCUGGGGGCUGUGCACAUCCCGGGGCCCACACGUGUGGAUCCGAUCUUCUGUAUUCGUUUUAUUUGUACAAGAACAACAAAUCUUUAUAUAACUGUGACUGGGUGUACGUAGUCACUAUGGCUGGUGUUGUGUGUUAUGUAUGGAUAAUUCUUCACUGUGAUUCCCAUAACGUUAUAAAAAACAUGAGUUCAGUGACUAUGUAUUUUGGGAUAUAUAUAUAUAUAUAUAUAUAUAUAUAUAUAUAUAUAUAUAUAUAUAUAUAUAUAUAUAUAUAUAUAUAUAUAUAUAUAUUCCAUUAUUAUCGGUACUACUGUAAUAAUUUCCAACAAGGUAAAUUUCCGCUGAUUACAUGGAUUGUUAUCAAAUUAGGAGAGAAAUACUCUUUUGUAUAAAUAUGUUAUAUAGUAAAUAUUUUUGUAACAUUUUGUAAAUAGAAACUUU